AUGUCGGAUAAGAAAGUUAUUCGUGCAGCAAAGAUUCUGAUGCAAAUGGUCAACAGUAGAGCAUGCACCUUCAAUCAUGGUGAAAGGUUAAAGGAAUCCAGAGCUAUGAAGAGUCUUGAAACGAUUCGCCCCAGUAGUGAGGAAAUAAGAGCUUAUUUCCGUAGAGAAGAAGCCCUAAGGUACAGAGAACCUGACAUGGCUUUCUCAUAUACAGCCGUUGAUGGUCAGAAAUCUGUUGUUGCUCCACUGAAAAGGAGUAGAGGCCAACCAUUGAAAAGGAUUCGUCACCACAAUAUUCUUAAGAGCAAUAGACCGCCUCAUUUUACUAUCCACUGUUUGAUAAGAGAUGCAGCUGCUAGAUUGCCCGGAGGUGUUGGGACUAGGGCUGAUGUUUGUGUUUUGGUAAGGGACUCACAAUUCAUUGUUGAGGACACUUCCGAUUCAGAAAUUAACAUAGUUGUAAAGGGAGCGUUGGACCGUUUGCAUUAUCAAGACGAUCCGUGUGUAAAAUAUGAUAAGGAAAGGCGUUUGUGGACUUAUCUACAUAGAGAUAGACGGGGAGAAGAUUUUGAAGAUGAUUCGACAGGAACUCUGAAAUGA